AUGAGUCUGUACUAUGGAGUGGGCGGCAUUGGGUCGUUCUUGACCAUCGUUGGAGCUUAUAUGCUCUUUACCGGAAGUGGCGAGUCCUUCGAUAUUGGCGGUUUUCUCGAAUCGGUUUCGCCUUAUACAUGGGCAACGCUAGGAAUCGCGCUUUGUAUCGGUCUCUCUGUUGUCGGCGCUGCAUGGGGCAUCUUCAUUACCGGCUCGUCGAUUCUCGGAGGUGGUGUUAAGGCCCCUCGUAUCCGAACCAAGAACUUGAUUUCUAUUAUCUUUUGUGAAGUUGUCGCCAUCUACGGCGUCAUCAUGGCUAUCGUGUUCUCGCAAAAAGUCGAGAACGUCUCUGGAGCCGAGCUCUACUCUGCCAACUCCUAUUAUACUGGAUAUGCCCUCUUCUGGUCUGGUAUUACCGUCGGCAUGUGCAACCUUGUCUGCGGUGUUGCCGUUGGAAUCAACGGUAGCGGUGCUGCUCUGGCCGAUGCUGCCGAUCCUUCACUCUUCGUCAAGAUUCUUGUCAUCGAGAUUUUCAGCUCAGUGCUCGGCUUAUUCGGUCUGAUCAUUGGUCUCCUGGUCUCUAGCAAGGCCCCUGCCUUCGGCGAGAAGAAAUAA